AUGCUGUCAAUAUUGCGAAAAGCGCGUCUCAAGGACAAGGAGAUGCGCAUUCUUAUGCUUGGUCUUGACAAUGCAGGAAAGACGACUAUAGUGAAGAAGAUCAUGAACGAAGAUGUAAACAGCGUCAGUCCUACACUCGGUUUUAUCAUCAAGACGAUUGAGUACGAUGGAUACAAACUGAAUAUAUGGGAUGUCGGCGGCCAGAAGACGUUGCGCACGUACUGGAAGAACUAUUUCGAGAAGACAGACACACUCAUCUGGGUUGUUGAUGCAACCGACCGCGAGCGAAUAGACGAUUGUCGGAAUGAGUUGGCGGGGUUGCUGCUGGAAGAGCGCCUUUCCGGAGCAAGCCUGCUAGUUUUCAAAAAUAAGAGCGACGUCCCCGGAUCCAUGACGGAAGACGAGAUUUGUGAGGGACUGCGACUCGACGCUAUCAAGACACACAAAUGGCACGUUAUGACCUGCAGUGCUAUGACGGGAAUGAACCUGCGGGAAGGUCUUGAGUGGGUGGUACAGGAUGCAAAGGCUCGACUCUUCCUGUAUUGA